AUGGCGACAGCUGUGACUUCAAACGCCACCGAGGACAGCCAGGCAAAAGAUUUGACCCCUACUGGACAUGUCGCGUCCAAGCCAGGUCCUCCAUCAGGUCCCAUGCCGCAAUAUACUGCUUUCAGUCCUGGGCGACAACGCUUCAUCUUGGGUAUCGUCACCGCUGCAGGCUUUUUCGGACCAUUGGCAGGAGGCAUCUACCUGCCUGCGUUACCGACCUUGCGGGAGGCUUUCAACGCCUCUGCAACCGUCAUCAAUGCCACCGUCUCGGUCUUUAUGGGAGUCUUGGCUGUCGCGCCACUCUUCUGGGGUUCUCAAGCAGACUAUGGCGGUCGCAAGCCUCUGUACAUGGUCUCCUUGAUGAUAUUUAUUGUGGCGAAUAUUCUUCUUGCGGCCGUUCCAGCGAAUCUAGCCGCUCUUUUUAUCCUACGAAUUGUCCAAGGUUUCGGUGCUGCCAGCGUUCUCUCCCUGGGAGCGGGAACGGUCGCCGACAUCACAGCGCCCAAGGGAAGAGCUUCCGCCAUGUCCAUCGUACUGCUCGGUCCUCAGAUGGGCCCUGUGCUCGGUCCACUGCUUGGGGGUGCUAUUACAGGUAGUGCCAGCUGGCGCUGGACAUUCGGUUUCCUGGCCAUCACCUGCUCUGCAGUAUAUGUCGUUCUCGUGUUCUGUCUUCCCGAAACCGUACGAUCGCUUGUCGGUAAUGGCACGCUUUACAAGGACAGCAGCUGGAUCGUCCGACCGAAAUGGCGACAGUCACCCGUGGUGGAUCCAGCCAAAUUCCCUCGACCUCCACCUCCUACCCUACUCGGCUUGCUGAAACUUCUUCGAUAUCCUCCCAUAGUGAUUGUGUCGCUGAACAGCGCAAUCCUGUUCGCAGCCUACUACGCCAUGAACGUCACGUAUCCGACCUUCCUCGAAGAUAUCUACGGAUUCUCAACCACCGAAGUCGGAGUGGCGUAUCUCGCGCCAGGUCAGCCAGCAGCCCUCAACUUCCCUUUUCUCUCCCCUUCUCUUUCCUAA